AUAAAUAAAACAAUUGAGUUUGACCAGACUCCUCUUCCUCCUAUUCUACCGGUAAAACCCACCACAAAGAAUCAGAAAACCACGGACCAGAUUGCGUCUACCACCACCACAUAACACGCAUUAAAACCAUACCAUCCAUACACGUGUCGGUUAUUCCAUCUUCAAUACAAUUCACAAUACAAUACAAUUUACAAUUCCCCUUUUCCUCCAUAUCACCCGACCGGCCCCUUCACAGAUUCACUCCUUCUCUAUUUCUAAAAAAAAAAUUCAAUUCAAUCUCGAUUUCGAUUAAUAUUUUCUUUUUAUAGAGUUACAUUCAUAUAGAUCGAAUAGAAUUUCCAUUCGAUUCUCGUUAUCAGGUUCCACAUUCCCUUUUUAAUCAAUUGAUCUUAGCUAUACGACGUCGUUUUCCGUAAUUUGUUUUAUCGAUUUCGAAAUCUAGGGUUUGUUAUUCCUUCCACUUAUCAUUCAAUUCAUUUAUUUUAUUAUUUUCUCUGUAUAUAUAUUAAUGUUAUUGUAUCUAUCUAUAUCUAUUGCUUCCUUACAAGAAACCACCCUGUGAAAUUUUUCCGGUGCGUUGUUUUAGUUUGCCCCCAAAAUUGAGGGUUUUCUUGUUUAGGUUUUUAGGUUAUUAUCCAAAAAGUUAUUAAAAAAAAAUCAAAAAUUUGAAGAAAAAGAUCCUCAAAAAAUCAAGUUUUGUUUUGCAUUUGGUGAUUUGGGUGAAUAUAGGGAGAGUAUAUAUAAAUAGAUAUUUUUAGGUCUAUAGAGAAUGGCUCUGAACUAUUCACAGAGGCCGAUUUUCCCUGCUCAUACAUCCCAGGGGAUGGUUAAUGGUUAUGUUGCGGAAAUGUCGGAGAAAGGGGUUGACGAGUUUGUUAGGGCUAGGCAUGGAAAUGGAGGUAUGCGUGACCGGUUUGGUUAUGGAAGGGAAUGGGUUGAUAAGGGUGGCUCGUCCGAGGCAGUUACUGCGGAUAUUGUUGAUCUGCUGCCGUCGGAUCCGUUUGGGAUGGAUAUUGAUAUUGGUACUACCUUUACUGCACUAACCGGGUGGCUUGAGGAUUUGGAAGAGGAGUUUGAAAUUGUUAGUAAUCUCGUUGAUGGGAAUGAAGAUUACGGGUUGUUUGAGGGGAUCAAUUUGAUUUGGAACAGUGGAAUGAGGUUUCAGUCGUUUCCGAGUAAUGAGGUACAUGAUGUGAAGGCUGGUGCAAGUUGUAUGGGUGACAAGUAUGCUGCUGGAUGUCAGUUUAGAGGCGUUGAGGCUGACAGUGUGAUUGAUCGGAUUCAUUUUCCAGAGGAUAUAAUGGGUUUUGAUCAUGGAAGUACAAGCGAUUUUGUUGGAAAAAGUGAGGCCCUUGCAGUUGGUUUUAAGCAUUCUUCCAAUGCAGUUGGUGGAGAUCCCCAUGAGGCGUUCGUUCUUGCACUUAGUUAUCUGGGGACAAGCGAUCUUCUUUUAGUGGAGCGUGUUUGUAAAUCGUUGUGUUCUACAGUUCACAAGGAUCCACUAUUGUGGAGGAGUAUUCAUAUUGAUCAGCCAUUGAAUGAGAGGAUUACUGAUGAUAUUCUUGUUCAGUUAACUAACAGGGCUGAAGGCUAUCUUCAGUGUUUGACCCUUAUAAAAUGUCCACGGAUCACUGAUAACAGUUUGAGGCAUGUGUUGGAGACUAAUCCAAAGUUAACUAAGUUAUCCAUUCCUGGAUGCACACGACUUGGUAUCGAGGGUAUCUUGAGUUUAUUAAAGGCUUUCAAGUCAAGUAAAGGUUUUUCAGGUAUCAAACAGAUAAGGACCGGUGGGUUCUAUGGCGUAACACUCGAGCACUACAAAGAGUUGAAGUUUUUGUUGGGCACUGAUGAUAGCAGACAACAAAACAGUUACAACCCACAUUAUUAUCAUCGGGGAAACUUAUAUCUACCCUCUUUAGAUGACCGAGAUAUAGAUGUUGAAAUAUGUCCAAGAUGUCAGAACGUGAGGCUUGUCUAUGACUGUCCGGCUGAAAGCUGUCAAGUGAAAGACCAAUGUGAUGAUCUAUGCAGGGCUUGUAUAAUUUGCAUACCUCGGUGUGUUCAGUGCGGUCGUUGUGUUCACAAUAGCGAAUAUGAAGAGACAUUUUCUCUGGAGUAUCUUUGCUCUGGUUGUUUGAAGGAGCUGCCAGGCUGCCAAAACAUCCAAGAAAUGGAUGUUGAUGUUGAUGGGUCAACCGAGAUUGUCCAACUACAUGGCUAGGUAAUGAUGAUGCUUCUAGAUGUGCUAAGUUUUUCAUCAAUGAUGUGAAGUGUUUAACGUUUUUUAUCAAACGUGUUGCUGGUUGUAUGACAUUUUAAGGAUUUUUUUAUAUCAUCACUUGAUGAUUUAUCUGUCUUGAAGGGUGAUGAGGAAAUUGGAAGAAAGAUAAUGAAAUGCAAUGGAUUAAAGAGGAGAUGGUAUAAAGUUGUAUGGAUGUUUCUGGUUGAGAUAAGUUGUGGGUGGUAGUGGUGAUGAUGAUGGUGGUGAUGAUGAUGGAUGAUGGAUGAUGUAAAGUUCUUAUUUGAUUUUUUUUUUCUUUAACAGUAUAGUCAAUGCGGUUGUUGAUUUCUAUGGAACCCUACAACGAUUUAUUGUCGGAGAGUUAUCAGGAAAUUGAAUUAAAAAUUAGAGAUGAAAUUGAUUGACAAGGUGAUUACAAGUUAGGAGUGUGGAUGUUUCUGGUUGAGAUGGUUUAUGGGCUCCUGGCAUCCGCUUUAGCAUCGUGGAUCAUCUGUGGUAUAGUAAGCAAAUGUUGUGGUCAUGCUUUUAUGCGACAGGUGGGAAGCAUCAAGGUUGGCAUCACUUUGUGGGCUGAUUGGUAAAAGCUUAGUGUUUAUAUAUGUGUAUGUAUAUAUAUACAUAUCUGAAAGUGCAUUGGCCUUUAUAUAGUUUUUGAGGUCAUGUGUUAGUCAUCGUUGAAGUCAUGGACAUGAGGCUUUAAGGCUUCACAUUCAUUUUACGGUUCUGUUUAUCAUUAUUAUCCUGCAUAGCCAUGCGCUCUUGUCUGUUUCGAGUAUUAGAAUGUAUUGUUGUAUGUUUAUUAUGUUGUUUGGUUUUUUGACUGGUCCGGGUUAAACAUUCCUAUGUUGUAUGUUUUGUUUUUCAAGUAUCUAUGUAUAUGACCUGAUUUUGUGGUGUAA